AUGAAAAUUGACAUCCUCGCAGCUGGUGAUCCCACACCACAAGGACGUGUACGCCGCUACAAGCCUGGAACCGUGGCUCUCAAAGAGAUCCGCAAGUACCAGCGCUCUUAUGAUCUGCUUAUCCAAAAGCUUCCUUUUGCUCGGCUGGUCCGCGAGGUCGCUCUUGACCUCCUCCCUUCAGAAGUUGGCGCCGAGCUGCGGUGGCAGUCGCAUGCGAUCCAAGCGCUCCAAGAAGCAGCCGAAGCUUUCCUUGUACAUCUCUUCGAGGACACCAACCUCUGUGCUAUUCACGCCAAGCGCGUGACCAUCAUGCAGAAAGAUAUCCAACUUGCUCGACGCAUUCGUGGUGUCUGGGGUGGUUUGGGCUAA